AUGACAAUGGUACGCACAAAAAGAGAAUACAAUGACUCUGAUAAUACUAAAGGCGAGCCUGCACCCAAGAGAAGAACCAGAAGAAGAACUAGAAGUUCGGAAGACGUUUCUGCAGAUGAAUCAGAAAGUGAUAUAGACGAAUUCGAUAAUCAGAAUAAAAGAAAUUUUAAUGACUCUAGCCGGCCAUAUGAGCUUGUAGCUGGGAUGCCGUCGUCAUUAGAGAUCCCAGAAUAUAAAGCAAUGACACAUCCGUUAUCUGGCAAGGAUUCAGCCGUAUUAUACCAUUCAUUGGUAGCGUCGAGGAAAACGUGGAUCACUGGGACUAUGUUUGAAUGGUAUUGGAGUAAACCUAUUAAAUUGCCAACACCAGAUGGUAAAUCCGAAGAACCAGGUGUAGGCAGUGGUAAUAGUAGUAUUAGAGAUAAAAUGCAAAAAAUGUGUGAUUGUAAAUUAGAAGGUGGACCACAUAUGUUUCCUGUACGAUUGUUUAUAUUAAAGAAUGAGGAGAAAGAAAAAAUAUGGCAGGAAGAUCAAGAUUCUAAAAAGAAAAUAAAAGAAGAACGUAAGAAACAAGAAGUAGAGGAUAAGAAGAAACGUAUUGAAGAAAGAAAGAAACAGCAAUUGCUUCGAAAGGAAGAAAAACAAGAACAGUUGAGAAUACAAAAAGAAGAGCGAGCUAAACUUUUGGCUAAAAAGAAAGAAGAGCAGCAAAAAUUAAAAGAAGAACAAAAGAAAUUAAAAAAGAGUCAAGCUCAUAUUCCAAUGCUGAAUACCAAUACCAUCAACAAUAAUAAUAUCCAACAGAAUUCCAAAUUGUCAAAUAAGAACGCAACAAUAUCAAAAUCUACUAGAAUUACACCAUUGGCAUCGUCGGCACCUUUAAACUCACAAUCGUCAGCAACUUCGUUAGAUACACCUGUUAAAAAGCCAACUGCUCGUUCAAUCAAUGCAAAAAUGAUUGCAAAUCUAAACGUGAUGGCUCAAAAAGAUAAAAAUUUAAAUGAAUUAAUGGGCAAGGUAGCAAGAUGUGAAGCAUCACAAGAACAAAUAAAUGAAUUUAAAAAAUUUAUAGCUUUAGCAAAGCGCUUACCGCCUCCGAAAGGAUGGAUCGAUCCGACGUUGAAACAAGCGCAGCCUCAACCGGAAACCAUAGGUCAUACACCAGCUUCAAUUCCGCAUGAAAAAACUACUUCUCAAAAUAACAAGACCACUACCCAACAUUCGAAAACCUCUAAUAAAAAGUUAAGUACUGAUCCGAACUCCAAAGAGCCGUCAAUACUUCCUAAUAAACAAGAACUUAAUACCAACACUUCUUUAAAACCUAAUAAUUGCGUAAUAGGGGGUGAUUCAGUAAAAUUAGAAUCAAAAGACGCUUGCCCCGUAAAGGAAUCCAAAGUAGAGGCUACAAAUAUAACUCCAUCUGUGAUUACUUCAAGCAUUAAUGAUAGUAAAUCAGAACCAAAUUUAAAAUCAGAUGAUACGAUCUUACCAACAACUUCAUCUAGUACAUCUAUUAUUAAGAACGAUAUUAAGACGGAUGCUUGUUCCAAUUUACCUUUAACAAAAACUGAUAUAACCGAAAAUAAUUCGAAGGAUGCUAAAAGCUGCUGUACUGAAAGCAUAACUACUCCAGUAACAAUCAAUUCUUCGGCCAUGGCAUUAGAGUCCAAAAAACAGAUACCUUUAUCAGACAGUAAUCUACCUGCAACUGGUAAAUCCAUUACAUUACAUGGUUCUGAUAACGAUGUAAAUCCACAAGAAUCUAACAUCAAAUCUUCUACUCCAAUUAAUGGUAUACUACUUCCUAAAAAAGAAUCAGAAAAUAUCGUUAAAACUGAGAAUAAUAAUACUACCUCUAAAAGGGCAGAGAUUGAUAAACAUAAAAAACUAGCUAAGCAACAACAAAAACUGGAGGAAAAAUCUAUGCAAUUAACAGCUUUCCAGCAAAAAUAUACUACAGGUGCAGAAUUAGUAAUCGAAUUUAGUGAGAAUGCUGGCCAUCGGUUUAGAUUGCCGUUUAAAAGUAUCAUUGAAUAUAGAGCUAACAAAUUUAUUAUUUCGUGGAUCAUGAUUCAUAAUACCAGAGAAAUUGAACGUUAUAAGGCUAAGAAAUUGAAAGAAUUAACAAGAAGACAGCAUCGUGCUGAUGUAAAAGACCAAAUAUUGGCGGAUUAUAAUGUUUACGCAGAUCAAGGCUCCCCAAAACCGUUAUUUUCAACUAUGACGGUAAAACUUCAUGGUAUCCACAAAAGGUUUGCGUCUAUUUUACUAAAUAGUGUUGAAGAUAGUAACAAGGUUAGUGAAUGGAUGUCUGUUAUAUUGGAAAGAGGGAUUAGAUUAUCGGGAUAUAAUUUAUGGUACCAAUUGGAUGGAUAUGAUGAUAGCCAGUUAUCAGAAAAAUUAAGGGAAGGAUUGGUUGAACAUGAAGAAAACCUUGGUCGCAGAAGAAGAGUAAGUCAUUCUUAA